AUGGGCCAAUCACUCUCUUUCAGCUGUGGUAGCGCUUCACAUUGCACAGUGAGCGCCAUACGAGAGCGCAUUCGAGGAGUUGUUUGUGUGGAACAUACCGGUGACCGGUUUGACGAGAAUCCGAUGAAAACUAAGGCGCUGCAAAGCGUUCAGACGUGCUGGCAGGACAAUUUUAAAGUAGGGAAAUCUCGCGUAAGUGUUCAUGAGCCAAAAAGACUGAACAGAGAGUUUUUAAACAAGCGUUCUACCGGUAAUCAACAUGUGUCCGAAAACUUGAUAAUUUCGAGAUGGGAGACGGACUUCUCUAUCGAUGCGAGCUUCGGUUCCGUCUCGGAUUCCCGAAGAGGAGAGAAAGGAGUGCCACAGGAAAACCAUGAGUGUGGCGUCUCGCGGUGGGACAUGGAAACAGUGUUGCAAGGAGAUGCCGUGACUUCAGGCACAGUUGCGGAGGAACGUCUGACCCAGUGUCUGAACACACCCGACUUUCUGGUAGAGCAGACUACAAACGCUUGCGUGUUCAGUUGCUCGUCUCCAUUAGCCAAAGAAAUGACCAAAAAGCUGAAAACAUCUCUGCAAGAAUGCCGGUGUGGCACCUAUACACACAGGGAAGAGGAGCAACCCACUCCUCCUGAACAAACCUCAAGCCCCUUCACUGGGACUAUUCCUAAACUAAUUGUCACUUCUGAUGAGUUCGCUCCUGGCCAAGACGGCGCACACAGCCCGCAUAUUAGGGAUUUGACGCUCUCUAUGGGUGGGUUUUCACUGGACCUGCAUACCGAUGAUGACUCGCCCUGCUCGGACAGUGGCUGUGGCGCUUCCCCGUCGCCCUAUUUGCUCCACCGAAAACUAUCCAGCUCCUCUUCUGCUGGAUUAUCAUCUGCUUCAUCGUUUGAGGAGUCGGAGGAUGAUUUCACAGGCAGUGACAUUGAGCCCACCAGUCUGUCCCCCAGUAUGUGCAGCAUGUUUGGGAGUCCUGAUGACUUGGCAGGGACUAAAUCGUGGAGGAAGUUAAAAACCAUGGUGCACUGCUCACCAUUUGUGGUUUCCUUUACAAAACGAUAUCCCUGGGUUCAGCUGGCUGGCCAUGCAGGUAGUUUUCAGGCAGGAGAAUACGGGAAACUAUUGAAGAAGUAUUGUGAAUGUGAGCAUCAGUGUCUUCAGAAGCUGAUGAAUGACCAACUCUGUCCAUUUGUGCCUGGUUACCAUGGUGUUGUUCAGCGGAAUGACCAGGAUUACAACCUGAUGGACGAUCUGCUGGCUGACUUCAACUCUCCUUCAAUCAUGGAUUGCAAGAUGGGAAGCAGGACAUACCUGGAAGAAGAGCUGGUGAAGGCACGUGAGCGUCCUCGGCUGAGGAAAGACAUGUAUGAGAAAAUGGUGGCUGUGGACCCAGGAGCGCCCAGUCCAGAGGAGAGAGCCCAGCAGGCUGUGCUCAAACCCCGCUACAUGCAGUGGAGAGAGACUCUGAGUUCAACCGCAACCCUUGGCUUUCGAAUAGAAGGCAUCAAGAAAUCAGAUGGUACAUGCAACACCAACUUUAAAAAAACCAAACAUAAGGAGCAUGUGAUGAAGGCCUUGGAUGACUUUGUGGAUGGCAACUCACAGUUACUGAGGAGUUACCUGCAGAGACUGGAGGAAUUGCGCAGCACUCUGGAGACCUCUGAAUUCUUCAGGACACAUGAGGUGGUUGGGAGUUCUUUGCUUUUUGUGCAUGAUGCUUCAGGUCUGGCCCGAGUCUGGAUGAUUGACUUUGGUAAAACAGUCCCACUGCCACCUCCCCAAACCCUAGACCAUCGCACGCCCUGGGCCGAAGGAAACCGGGAGGAUGGGUACCUGUGGGGUCUGGACAACUUAAUUCAGAUCUUUGGUGACCUGCUUCAUGACACUGCCUCUCCCCUACCCUGAUGGAUAAAGUGAACCUUCUCCAGCCCUUAAGAUCACGUGGAGGAACACGUUGAUCGAGAGAUGGUUCCUUCUCAAUGAAUGCACAAAGUCGUAAGGCCUAAGGUGACAGUGCUUUUUUUUCUGUGUGUUGUGAGAACAAAUCCUAAAUGGGUGCAAAAGCUGGAGGUGUCGACCAACUUUUGGAAUUCGGUGGUCAGCAAGUUCACGUUCUGGAUUCUUCUCUUGCACGUGUGGCCGUGUAUAUGCACAAAAACUCCUUGACAGUCAAAAUGCACUGAUACUGAACCAAAACAGUUGGUUGGAUGAGAAAUCAAUGUGUGGGUUCUGUGUAUAAUUUUUCUUUUUUUAACUUUUUUUUAUUAGUACUGAGAUUAACGUCUUUUGUAGUGGAGUGGCAAUGGAGAACUGUUUUAGGACACACCCAUGCUUGUUGUUUUAAGAAUAUUUGCAAAGUUCACUUUCUUCAUUUCCCCUAAAGGUUUGUUUAUAACACUACUGGAAAUGCGCUUUGCUCAGUUUAUUUUCAUUUUUCUUUAAAAAUUAUUUCUGGGUUUCCACGAUUGUGCAAAUAAUACUUAUUUAAUUACAUUGAAACUGCAGGGUUUUCUGUGAUGUUAAGACAAAUGCUAUAUAACUCCUGUUUUAAUUGUUUGAUUCCCAUUGUGUCUAACUUAGUACCUCAUUUACUUUAGAAAGAUGGUAUCUAAAUGAUGCAAAUAACAGUUUUAGGGCCAAAUUAAAGGGAGGUAACACAUGCCAUUUUCAGAAGCCUUCUGUUUCCAGUGUGGCUUGUCACUUGUCCUCUUUUACCUAUGAUUAAUUUGAUAUAUACAUUUUUGUUGAUACUAUGAUGGAUGAUAUUUCCAUGACAUGAGUCCUAUGGACCUAGAAUGUUAAAAUUUUGCAAACUUUUAACUGGUCUAUAUUAGCUGUCCAAACAUUACUAAUGUCACUCUAGUUCAGAAUGUAAAACUAACAAACGUUGAAACUGAUUUUGAAUUUUUACAAAUAUUCUUGGACUACCCCCAAGUGCUUUGCCCAUGACAAUGAAAUCGAGAGAACUUCACCAAGAUUGUAUUAGUCUAUUUACUAAGUACAAAGAACAGUGUUGGAGUUUUUAAAACUAGCCAAAGUAACAAAGAUGCAUAACAAGCUAACAAGUAUGGUUGAGCUCAUUAACAAUCUACAAUUCCGUGUGCUUUAGUGGAAUAGUUAAAUUUAUGUUUGUAUACACUUGGGUAAUUAUUGUAUUUUUUUUUAUAUCUCUGUGACUGACUGUUUGUAGUGUUAGCUUUGCACAGUUUGUCAUGCAAUUUUCUGAAAAUUGGGCUUUCAGUGGUUAACCCUCUUUAUCUGCACCACCAACCAUUAGAAGCCUUCAUUUUUAUAAAUCAUUUUCUUAGCUUUUAGUAGAACACAAAACCAGACUGUACUCUGAUCAUCAUAGCAGAUGCUCCUGGACUACAGCUUGAUUUUCUUCAUUACAUCAGAAAUAUCACUUCAUUUGCAUGAAGAACAAAUCUUACAGGUUUUGUAGGUUGAUCUCUGAAACUAUCUGGUGGAAAAUUGCUCCGUGAACCAUAUCAGUUGAUACAAAUUGUGGCCCCUGAUGUCAUCCACAUGCGUUCUCAAAUUAGAUGCUGUGGUCAAUGUGAUGGAAAAAAAAAAUCUUUUUCCAUCAGCACUUCCUUUUUGCCUCAUGCCACAAGCUGUUACACAGAUAUAUCUGAUUUCAGAGAUGGACAGAAGAUAAUAUCCUCUUGCACAAUGCCACAAACAUUCCUAAAGUUAUUAACUCACCUCAACUAUAGACAUUUGUUUAUAGACUAAUGUUCUACCACUAUUUGUUUUUCCUUGAUAUUUAUAGUUUCACUGGUUGUAGUUAUUUGGACUUGCAGUGUACAGGAGAAGGCCGUCUGUCUGUCUGUCUGUUGGUUUGUCUGUCAACAAUCCAGUAUAUUCAUGGACUGUAGAGACCGUGCUCAUUAUCAAACAUUCCUUUCCGAGAUCCAUUGCCUUGUUUACAGAUAAUGUUAAGUAUUAUGCAUUGUUCAAAUUGUUAAAUCUUGUUUCGUACUACCGGACUGCAUGUUGAGGUGGAUGUUUUUUUUAUGUGGGGAAGAGAACUGGCUAGUGUGUUGACUUUGUGGGUUGUCUCUGCCUAUUUUGUACAGAGUGAGACACAUUUUUAAUUGUAAUAGACUUAUUUGUCCUUUUAAUGCAUGUAGUUAUGAAAUCCAAUAAACUGGAACUAUUAUUGUUUUGUUAUGCUCUUUUCUUGAUUCAACCUUACU